GAUCCUGUGGUGUUGUUUCCUUGUGGAAAGGAGCCUGAACCCCAAAACACAUUGAUCGAAUAUCUAAAACUUCUUUGAUGGAAAACGUGCGGAAUAAGCACCGUGAAAAACCAUGGAGCGAGUUUCUGAAAGUUGUCCGGUACACUAUGGAUAAGCACACUGGUACUGGAAACAUUGGUGAGAGCCUGUGUGUGUGCAGUUUAAAGACACUGCAAAAGGCUUUAAAUGUUGCGUCUUUGUCUGCCAUGGUAGACCGACUAGAGCUUCUAGCAAGAGAGAAUGGACUCUGCUCUCACCUGAGUGCUACAGGCACUGAGUGUUACAUCACCUCAGAUCUGUUUUACCUAGAGGUCCAGUUGAAGCCCAGUGGGGAAGUGCAGGAUGUCAAAGUGGCUCACUUGGGUGAGAACCCUGAGAGCUGUCAAGUGUUGCUGCAGUCUUUAAGGCAAAAGGAUUUUGCAGAAUUCACGAAGCAUUUGAAGAGACUGACUGAUCUCUAUGACUUCUCUGGGAACAGGAAAGUAGAGACAAACAUUUAUUCAGCUCUGAAGUCUCUGGAGAUUGAUCUCAACACGAUGUCUGUCCUGAACAGACGAGUAAGAAAUGCUGGCACACUCUGCACCAUACUCUGUGGAUCUGUUGGGUAUCUUACACCAAGGUGUGGAAGCAGUCUUAUGAGCUUAGAGUACUACAUUUCCCCUUACGAAUUGUUGGGACAAGGACUAAAUUCACCAUCAGAAUCACGGUCACCUGGGAUGAAAGUGUUGGUUACUGUUGAAAGAACCGCUGCAUUAAAUCAACUCCAGAUUGCUCCUAUAGUUGAAUUUGAGCCUGUGACUGAUGGUAUCCCUUUGUUCCAGUCAUUAACUGAUGGUAACAGUGCUGAACUCUCUGCUUGUUUCCUCUUGAAGUUUCCUCGCCCAUUUCCCAUGAUUUGCAGUCUCAUUCAGAAAAUUCAGAGAUACACAGGAAUCUCAAUACAAACUGACACACAGAAAGCUCCAUUACACGGACUUAUCGCACAGGCUCUCCUUUCUGAAAGAAACAUUACUACAAAUCCUUGGGAAUCUAUGUGUUUCUUUGUGUCCCUUCCAGGUGAGGAACAGCAUUGCUAUAUGCUUAAUAAGGACUCCACCAAGCCAGGUGCCCUGGUUAGUAAGAUUCCUUUCUCACAUCCAAAGCAAGUGCCUGAAAUAUUGGAGGUCCUUCGACACCAAGCAGCCUGCAACACGUUGAUUAGCAGUUUCAUACGGGAAACAGUAACUGUGGAAGAUUAUUCUGAAUGCCUUCAUUUUGAAAUUUACUCACUGAGUGACACCUGCAUCAGCUUCACAUUGAAGCAUCCAACCGACGAGAGCCUAGUUUGUGUGGUGAUGGAUGUGGUGAGCUCCAGAGAGAUCAUCUGUCAGCUCAUGAUGAAAUCAUCAGCUGCUUGCGUUUGCAGCGAUGCUCAUAUUACUAGGGUCAUCCACCGUUCCAUGUCUAUCCCAGUCACAAUGAGGUCAAUCUACAAGAAGUCUCAAACACAGGAAGCAGCAGUUACAGAGGCCUCCAGAGAAGCUCCCACAUCAUAUAUUAGUUGUAAAUGUUUUGGUUCGUUACUUGAAAAUCAUGACAAUUAACAAAAUACACAAGCCUA